ACGGCGGCACUCCGCCGGCAACGGUCUGCCAACCAUGUCCACGGCAUCAAAGAGUUGCCACUCUACGCAGCGGCGCGGUGCAGAGCGGUACGAAGCGGAGCUGUUCGGUUCGGUUUUUUAAACGACAUCAAACAAAAAAUAACAAAAAAAAAAACAGCGUCAAAACUGUCCGCCAAAUGGCAGUUAAAUAAAGCUAUAAACUCAUACAACUCAUUGGCCGCUGACCUGUCAAUGGCGUUUAUCGAUAUCGGAACUAUAUAUAUGCAUGUAGAUAUACGGCCGGCCGCCUGUGUAAUCAUGAGCGGCGCGUAGGGCGAAAAGUUGGCUUCAGCAAAAAGUUUGGACUAAUAGAAAAUAUGGCCGGCCAUUGAGUGUGGCCAAAGAGCAAAGUUUCUGGCUGGGUUCUGGUUCUCCGCCCCAAUUUUUCGUGGCCGGGACGAGCGGCCUGUGAGCAGCAAGGAAUUUUAAAGGCGACCAACCACAAUGGACUAUGGCCGGUGGCUGCUGCAGCUGAGCGUCCACAUGCUCCUGGUUGUGCGACGCAUUCAGUGUCUACGUGUGACUGACAUCAAUGUGCCACAAAUUGUUGAUUUUCGUGAUAACGUGACAUUAUCCUGCAGCUAUGACAUAAGUGGUCACACGUUAAAUUCGGUUAAGUGGUACAAAAACGGAAAGGAGUUUUUUAGAUACUCGCCACUUACGCCACCCACAUAUAUACCGUUCGCGGUGGACGGCGUGCAGCUGAUCGAUGACGGCAACGAAUGCAAUGAAUCCUCGUGUCGCGUGGAGCUUAAUUUAUUGGGCAUCAAAUCGUCUGGAGUCUACAGGUGCGAAGUGUCCGGCGAUGCGCCCCACUUCCAGUUAACUGCACGCGAUGCCAACAUGAGCGUAGAGGCUCUUCCGCAAAACAAUCCCCUUAUCAGCAGCUUUCACUCCAUGUAUCGCUUCGACGACUUUGUUCAGGUGAACUGCAGCACGGACUUCUCCAGCCUAUUCACGCGGAUUACGUGGUACAUCAAUGGAGUGAAGGUUUCUCUGGUGGAUCUUCUGCCCAGUAUUGAGACCACGAUUGCCGCCCACGAUUACAAUCUGCGGCGCAUCGUGUCCCAGCUGAACUUCUACGCCAACGAGCCGCGCUUCCACCAGGCGCAGCUGCAACAGCUGAUGCUGCAGCGUCAGCAACAGCCGCAGCAGAAGCGCACCAUCUCACCGGCGCGCCUCGGCCUUGAGCUGCGCUGUGUGGCCGAGAUCGACAGGUAUCCUCAGCUGCAGCGGGAGGCGACCAUGUACGCGCAGCUCUUCCGGGACGACAUCGAUCUGAAAAACCAAAAGCUGAUCAACUCGAGAUCGGUUGCCACUCGUGGUGGAAACAGCAUACAAUUGCAGCAGCUGCUGCUCCUGCUGAUGGCGUCUGCGGCUGCGGCAACCGCAGCGCGACUCUUGACGCCACUGACAUUUCAAUAUGGCGCACGGAAGUCGGCGCGCUACAAAAUGGCGUCGACGAGUGCGUGUGCCAGUAGAAACCCCCCCUGCUGGCCGUAGUGCGGAAUGGACAUUCUGUUAUUUUCCGGUAUACCGAUUAUUGCGUUUGUUUCAACCAUUUUAUAGCUCUAAGCAACUGAAAUGCACGUGAGAAUUUACAAAAAACAAAAACAAAAUAAAACAAAAAACAAACUAUGUAAUUUCUAUGUACUAUAUAAUUGUAAUAAAUGUCACUGAGUAACAAAAAAAACAAAAACAAAAACCAAACCCAAAAAACAAUGUGGAAAACCUUUAACUUAAGCCAAGGCAAGCGAAUCCUGUAAAUAGCCUCUAAGUAUGCAGUGGUAAUGUAAGAACAAAAGAAACAUCAUCAAUAAACA